AGGAGGUCACACAUGCGCCGUGAAGCACAGGCAAAGGGGAACUGUGGCUCUUUUCUCCAAGAAUGAAGCAUUCCAGAUUAAACAAGACACACAAUUACAUCCGUGAGCAACUAGUCGUAAACAGACGCGUUGGGACGCAGAACCUCAACAAGAGCAAGCAGCACAAACAGUAAAGAACGAUCAGCUCAUCUCCAGCUUUGCAUCUCCCCCUUGGUUCAUUUCACUCUGCAUGGGGAUCCUAACAUCUUAAUUCUACAGCCAGGUGGUUGGACCUUAGCCAGGCAGGACUUCUGGAGGCUAGAGCCUUUACAGACAUACAGAGGAAAGGAUGGCGAGCACACUGGUUAAGCCCUGUCUGCUGGACCGGACAGGAAGCUUCUUUAAGUUGAUUGAUGCAUUUGCCUCAGAGAUCGGAGAACUGAAGCAGGAGAUGGUACAGAAAGACUUGGCUCAUGAGAGGGAUCCCCAAAUUACAGGCAUGCAGUGCAGCUUAGAAGAGGACAUUAACAGCCUGUACCUUCAGGACACAAUGGGCAGUGCCAGGGACUCAGGCUACGAUUCCUUAAAGAGAAAGAUCAGUAUCUUGGACCGCCUGACUCAGACUCACCCAGUGUGGCUGCUCCUUCACCUGAGUGAUGAGGAGGCAGCACGGAUUCUCCAACAGCAACCACCGGGGAUAUUCCUUGUGAGGAAAUCAACAAAGCUGCAGAAGAAAGUUAUCUCCCUGCGCCUUGACAGUGAGUUUGGGCCUCCAAUCAAAGACUUUCCUGUGAAAGAGAGUCAAUACACGUUCUCUGUGGAGGGGUCUGGAAUUAGUUUUGCAGAUUUGUUUCGACUUAUUGCUUUCUACUGCAUCAGCAGGGAUGUCCUACCAUUUACCUUGAAGCUUCCAGAGGCAAUAGCCAGUGCUAAGACUCAGACAGAUCUGGAAGAAGUGGCUCAGCUGGAAGUCGGGUUUUGGGAUAUUCCUGUCUGCAACAGCAAAAGAACCCCCACACCUUCUUCACAUCCCUCUGCGUCGAACAGUGUUUGCAGACUGCAGAGGCAACAGCAGGUCUCUCCCUCCGACAGUCUGCCUCCGCUCAGGACUCGCACGCCUUCAGAGCUGGAAUGCGGCCAGACCAACGGGGCUCUCUGCUUCGUUAACCCUCUGUUCCUAGAAGUGCAUCGGCAAGAAGGCAGCAGCGGGGGUUCCGUCAAGCGCUCCAAAACGCGAGAGUCCAGUACCCAAAAUAAGACUCGCAUUCCCCCCCCUAGACCCCCUCCACCCAAGACUCAAAUAAAGCCGACUGUCAAACAGAUGAGCAUGCCUGAGACCAUCAGCUGGGUGAGACAACGUGAAGACGAGGAAACCAUGGGAUCCAUGCUCAACACUUCCCCAAAGAAGAGCAUUCCUGUUCCUCCACCGCGACCCUGGAAGCAGAUGAGCGUGCCAGAAGUAGAAAGUAGAAGAAAUGCAGUCCUGGCUGAUCACACCAUCCAGCAGGCCCUGGAGAGGAGCAGGAGUAAAUGUCCGCAAAUGGAGCCCAUCCUGGCCAGCAGCCCCAGCACGAAUACUCUACCUGGCUCGCAGGAGCAGCAGCGUGAGGAAGGCAGGCAGAGGCUAAGUGACAUGAGCAUCUCCACGUCCUCUUCGGAUUCACUGGAAAUCGAUCAGAGCUACCCCCUGCCUGUAGGGCCAGCAGGCGCAGGUGACAGCAGCUUGGAGGAAGAGUAUGGGGUAGAGAGUGACCAGGACAUCAGCCCCCCACCGAUAAAAUCCAAGAAGAAGCACAGCAGCACCUUCGUCCUACCCCGUGGCUUGAAGGGCCAGUUCCGCAAGGUCAGCGGUGUGUUUAACAACUUCUUGACCCCCGAGAAGAGGAUGGUGAGAAGAAUAGCUGAUCUCUCCAAGGACAAGGGCACUUACUUUGGGUGUCUUGUGCAAGAUUACAUCAGCUUCUCGCAGGAAAAUAAGGACUGUCAUAUAUCAGGCCUGGACAUGCUGCAGACUAUCCGCCAGUUCAUUACACAAGUGAAAUCUUACCUGGUGCAAAGCUCUGAACUUGAUCCUCCGAUUGAGUCCUUCAUUCCAGAAGAAGAAGUUGAUAGUGUCUUGGAGAAGGCCAUGCACAAAUGCAUCUUGAAACCCCUGAAGAGUCAUAUAGAGGCCAGCUUGAAAAGCUUCCAGGUGAGCAGUGGGUCUUGGAAGCAGCUGAGAGACAACCUGUGCCUGGUCAAACAGAAGAAACCCCAGGACCUGGGGGUGGAUGCGGCAGCUCCGGACUCCGUGGUCAUCGAGAAGAUCCGCCACAAAUUCCUCAACAUGCGGAAGAUGUACUCGCCGGAGAAGAAGGUGGUGCUUCUGCUACGGGUCUGCAAGCUUAUCUACACUGUCAUGGAGGACAGCUCAGGGAGGAUGUACGGAGCUGAUGAUUUCCUUCCAAUGUUGACCUAUGUUCUGGCUCAGUGUGACAUGCCAGAGCUGGACACAGAGAUUGAGUACAUGAUGGAGCUUCUGGAUCCCUCUCUGCUUCACGGAGAAGGUGGGUAUUACCUGACCAGCGCCUACGGAGCCAUGUCUUUGAUCAAAAAUUUCCAGGAGGAGCAGGCUGCACGGAUCCUGAGCUCUGAAACCCGGAACACUCUUCACCAGUGGCACCGGCGCCGGACCACCCAGCGCAUCACUCCCUCUGUCGAUGACUUCCAGAAUUACCUGAGGGUUGCCUUCCAAGAUGUGAACAGUGGCUGUACAGCCAAAACUCUGAUGGUGAAGCCCUAUUCGACCACAGAGGAGGUGUGCCAGCUGUGUGCUGAGAAGUUCAAAGUUCAGGACCCUGAGAACUACACACUCUUUCUCUUCACGGGGGAGACCAGCCAGCAGCUGGCUCCAGAUACCUACCCUCAGAAGAUCAAGGCAGAGAUUCACAGCAGACCCCACACCCAGCCCUUUCAUUUUGUGUACAAACGUCCCUCCAACCUCAACAUCUGCCUCCCAUCUGACGAAGAAAACGGAAAUUGUCUUUCAAACUGAGACAGCAAAGCGACCCUUAAAAACGAUGAGUGGUUCUUAAGCUACAUCAUUGGCUUUGAAGUAGAACUUUGAAAGCUGUGCUCAGUACCUCCUCUUUGGGGAGAAAGCUAAAGAAUGAAUUUGGACGACUUAAGAAAAAUCUUGGAGCCGCCAUCUUUAAAUAUUUCGAAAUUACCAGUGAAAAAGACAAAUGAAAAACGUGCACUUUAUGCCAGCCACAAAACUGUUGUGGGUUAGGUGUUGUUGAUGAGCAAGAACAUUGUUUGUUAUCAACAACCCUUUCAUUGAAUCAGUUUUCAUGUUUUGAAGACUAAAAAUGGGCUGUUCUGGAAAUGUUCUUGGAUUGCAGGUAUCACACUGAGACAAGUGUUCUGUAUCAGGACACUAUUCCACUUGCAGUGAUACACUUGAUUCUGAGUGCAGUAAGUCUGCUGUUUGGGUAAAAGCGGAAACUGAUCAUUUUCUAAAAAGAAUGAAGAUCAACAAGUGCAUUGCUAAAGUAGUCUGAAAAUGAUAUCCAGGUUCCUCAUACUUUACUGUAUCUUGAUUCUUUAACCUAUGUCGUCAGCAUGUGAGUGGACUGUCCUCUACAGUGCUGUUUUGGAUGGGUUAAACCUGUCUACAAGACUCUAAUGAAAAGCUGACUGUGUCAUUUUUUCAUUGGAAAAUGUCUUCUGUUUUCAUAUAUAUAUUUUUUUGUAUUUAGAAACAAGUUUGUAUUACAGUUGCUGGUAAACUGUGGGUUAAGGAUUGUAUAGUCUUUUUAUAUUAAUUAUUGGGAUAUUUUGCAUGUAUGUAGUUAUGCAUCUUUUUGAGAACCAUUAUGAACCAGGCACUGUUGAGAUUUGUUUUCUCUAAAAUUCGGAUAAUUUUGCUCUUGUCAGUAUAACCUUAAUAGGUACAGAAUGUGUACUUCCAUCUGUAAAAGCCACACUAUUUACUAAUUUAUAAUAAUAUAACUACUGAGUAUGCAGGACCUCUUGACUGAGCUCUGUGUGCUGAACUUUGGGAUACAAGCUUAUUGUAUAACAUUGUGAUAUAUAUACUUUUUAAAAAACACUUGGGUACUAAAUGGCCCAUAUGCUGAAUAAUAUUAAAGUACAACCCAGGGUACCAACAGAUAGCCUGGUUCCUAAAAGGUUUUAAAGUUAACUCUCUUGCUGGUCUUAGAGUUAAUAUGUGCAUCUUCAUGAAAAUGCCAUGAUAUUUGUUUUAAGGGUUUUCAGGAAUUAGCUGUCUUAAGAAGAAUUUAUACAUUGUCUGUGUUGAGUACCAAUAUAGGUACAGUCUGAUGUCUGAUGCCAGUGGCCUCUCAGGCAGUUUUUAUGUUCUCAAGUGCCACUGCUAGGAGUGUCCUACUCAGGUUGGUUUGAAAGUAUAGCAAAGCUCUGUUAAGUGUUUGAAAAAGGUACAGGGGAUAGGAAGUGUUUUGAAAGAUUUUUUUAAUCAUUCCAAGUUGAAUGGGUUCAAUUCAUUACAUUACAAAUAAGCAACAGUUUUUGCUUGUGAUAGAAAGUUUCUAGUAAUACCCCUUGGAUGAACAAGUAAUAGGUUUAUUCCAUGCUGAAAAACAUCACACCUGAAGAAGGCUCCACAGACGAAAAGUUGUG